GUAUAGCUGAUCCACAAGCAUUGAUGUUGGCAGUGUCUACAUAUCAAGCGUGUCAUUUCAUUGGUCGACCAGAAUGUGAGAAACCUCUUGCCGAAUGUGUGGUGUACCUUUCUAGAGCCCCUAAGUCAAUAGAGGCAGUCUCAGCUUAUGUGAAAGCAAAGGCAUGUAUACACAACCAUGAAGGUCCUCUCCCUGGAGUGCCUUUGCAUCUCAGAAAUGCUUCUACAAAACUUAUGAAAAAUCUUGGUUAUGGAAAAGGCUACAAGUACAACCCUGCACACAAAGGACCUGUGAAACAAGAAUAUUUCCCAGAAUGUCUAGCAGGAACUAAUUUCUUUAAAUAA